CACAUACCAGUGCUCAGUGGGAGUGGACAGCUUUCAUUACAUGCCAGCUAACAAACACUAGCUACACAGUUGUCACAAGAACAAGUUUGUAUCCUGUUUAGCCACUUUCUUUGUCAUAGCUAGUCUUCACAGAAUGGCAGUGUUUCAUGCUGAAGCCUUGACAGAUGUGGGUGACUUCCGUGGCAACUGCCUCAUAUCAGUGAGUGGUCAAGCCUUGUCUCUGCUACACCCCAGUGAGCACAGCCUCAUCGCUAAGUGGCAAUACUCGGGGAUACGCAAGUUCAAAGCUGACGUCAACACGUUUAUCUUUGAGUCAGGUCGGAAGGGCCCGUACGGUGUGGGGGAGUACAUGUUUGAGCUGCCACCGGGUGAGCUACAACAGCUCCAGUCCACCGUCACACAGUUCACUGGGGCUAGCUUCCAUACAAAGACACCACGAGCCACUGCCGAGCCUGUUGCUAUGGAGACCAGCACAGUGGAGGAACCUGUCAGAAAGGAGUCAGAGAGUGACUGCUACUCUGUUAGCAACCCUGAGGAGUCUCUGGAGGCAGUACGAGAGUUGGCACUGGUGGAUGAGGGCGUGGCCGAGGGGGACGAGGGAGAGGGGCGGAGUAGGGGGCGUGUCUAUGCUGAGUUACUGGACACAGAGCAAUCUUACGUGGCAGACCUUCAGAUGGUCAUAAAUUCCUACUAUGAUGCCAUGGACCCUGACAGUGUAACUAUCCCACUGAGACUGAGGAGGAAACGACAUGUCGUCUUUGGUAACCUUCUCGAUAUCUACACAUUCCAUGAAAAAGUGUUCAGUUGUGCCCUCGGCUUCUUUGACAAGUGUCCAGAGAGAGUGGGUCUGUGUUUCAUGCAGUUUUCCUCAGAGUUUGAGCUAUACUCGAGUUAUUGUAAGAACCGCCCACGCUCUGAGGUACUGGUUAACGAGGGCACGGAGAGUCAGGCAUUCUUCAAGGGCAUACAGAGGAACCUGGGACACCAGUUUGACCUCAGCUCCUAUCUACACAAGCCAGUCCAGAGAAUCACCAAAUACCAGCUACUGCUCAAGGACCUGCUCAAGCACAGUGGAGGCAUGGCUGGUGCUACCGAGGGACUGGAGGCGGCCUACAAACAGAUGUGCAAAAUUCUGCAAGAGCUCAAUGAUUCAAUGCACACAGCUGGUCUCAAGGGUCUGCCGGACGACCUACCAGAGCCUGGCAAGCUGCUGGCACACGACCGGUUCCAAGUGUCUGUGUUGGAGCCAGGGCCACUUACAUUUAGUCGCAGUCGAGAGAAACAUGUGUUUCUAUUUGAGAAGCUGAUUGUGCUUAGUAAGAAGGUGGAGGCUAGCGAGGGGGCGGCUAAGAGAGCACGGAAGAACGAGGCGUAUCUCUAUAAAGAGCACCUUGAAAUGACAAAUGUGACACUGAGAGAGAGUGUGUCAGAGAACCCCCUCGUGUUUGCCCUCUCACUACACAAGCAGCAGAGGGAGCACCGGUUUGAGGCCCAGAGUCACGAGGUGCAGGAGAUGUGGGUGAACGAGAUACGAAGAUUGCUACAGCUCCAGUUCACUCGUCUGAAAAUGAAACGUGAGAAGACCGGCGAUGGUUGUGACACUCCAACACUUACUAAGAAGGUCAUAGAUAUAGACACUUCCCUGAGGAUGAGCAGCUCUUGUGAUUGCCUUGCUAGUACAGCCCCUGAUACGCCCACGCCCACGCCCACGCCCAUGUUCAGGCGCUCGGCAGUACUUACCGAGAAACCAGCAGGCAAAAAGGCUGUGAAGACGUCGCUAUCCAACCCUCCCAUAGAACCACCUGCAUCUGAAAUGAGUAUCAGUUGUCAUCCUAACGGCCAAUCAGAAUCACCCACUCCCCCUAGCAACCACCCCUCCAGGGAACAGACUCAUAGGAAGAGUUCGUCAGUAUCGCUCAAAGUGUCAUGUGAUCAGGAGAGGCAACAAAGAAAAAAUCCACCAGUGCCGCCACCCAAAGUAUUGUAUGAUCAAGCGAGGCAACAAAGAAAGAGCUCGUUGCCUAGUGCUCUGGACAGGAACACCAAUCGUGGCAAUUUGAUGAAUGGGAGGAGUCAAAAUGCCCCAAUGAGUAGAGGAGGUAUGGCGGUGGACAACAGUGUGUGUGAGGCUGUAGAGAAGGUGCGUUCCAAUCAGCCCGCUGAUCUCGCCUGGUGCGUGUGUGGUUACCGUGACAACAACCACAAGGAGCCAUUGGUGGUGUGUGGUGAGGGAUGCGGCUCAUUGGACGGAAUGAAACAGCAUCUCCAUGAUGAUAACAUUUCAUUUGGAUUUCUCAAAGUGGUGGAGGUGGUGGAUACAAUACCUCGGAACAGGUUUGUUUAUGUGCAAUGGAUUGGUGAGAGAAGCCGUCCAAUGGCCAAGGCCAAGACCACAACUCACCGCACUCAGAUAGUGGAGCUCUUCCAGCCAUAUAAUGUGGCUAUCGUUGCCAGCAGUCGAGCUGAUGUAACUGAGAGAGUAGUCAUGGACAAAGUAACCAGCAUCACUGGGACCAAGAACCAUGUACUGUGACACCAUAGCAACACUUGUAGUGUGUGUGUGUGCGUGCUUCUUUAUUAAUGUGUAUUGUGUGUGUUGCCUCACCAUUUUCAGUUUAGUUGUUAGAAAAAAUAGGGUAAAGAUCGUCUA